CAAGCGGAGCGGGAGGGCGGAUCGAGGCGCAGGCGGCCGCCCACUGGCUGUUCUCCCCCCUCCUCCCUCCCUCGACUCCACGCCCUCCCGCUCGGGGAGAUCGCAAAGCAAACACGUCGGGAGGGGAUUUCCACCCAGGGUCGCCGUUUCCUUAGCUUCUUUUGCUUUCGAUCUGGUCAGCGUCGUGGGGGGGGAUCGACUUUAAGUUUUGCUUUUUGUUCUGCGACCCGGCGUGUCUCCCCCCACCCAACAACAGCCCGAAGUUAAAACUUUUCAUAUUUUUCGCGGCAGUUGACGGAGCGUCGGCGCCUGCGGUCGGAUUGGGAAGCCAGAGGGGGUAACUGGAUCGCAGGCCUGCCGCCAUGCCGGUGGAGCGGAUGCGCAUGCGGCCCUGGCUGGAAGAGCAGAUCAACCAGGGCUUAAUACAGGGGCUGAAAUGGGUGAACAGGGAGAAAAAGGUCUUCCAGAUUCCCUGGAUGCAUGCAGCACGACACGGCUGGGAUGUGGAGAAGGACGCUCCCUUAUUCAGGAACUGGGCCAUCCACACAGGAAAGUACCAGCCAGGUGUAGACAAACCAGACCCUAAGACGUGGAAGGCCAACUUCCGCUGUGCCAUGAACUCUCUGCCGGACAUCGAGGAGGUGAAGGACAGGAGCAUGAAGAAGGGCACAAAUGCCUUUCGUGUCUACAGGAUGUUGAUGGAGUCUGAGAGGCCCAAGAGGAAAGGAAAGAAAAGGGCUGAGAAGGAAGAGAAAGUCAAGGUGGAACGGCGGCUGGGGUCACGGGCAAACGGCAACGGGCAGCCUGGCCAGGGAGCACUGGCAGUCAAGGCGGAGGAUGUGGCUGACAGCACUGUUGUGACUGAGCCAGUGAGGGCAGGGAACCGCAGCACACUGGAAGAGCAGCUAAUCAUCAGCGACCUGCCCGACGUGUGCCAGACCAUAGAGGUGAUGACGGAGAACGAGGAGCGAUCAGUGACGUCCAGCCAUUCGUACCCUCUGCAGAUUUCGCCUGUCUCGUCGUGUGGAGAGAGUGACACAGAGAGCAUUCAUAGUGAAGAGGAGCAAGCAAAAGAGGAGGGCUUCCACACUUGGCCCUCUGGCCACCACGAGUCCAAACCUCUCAACAGCCCCAGCACCCUCAGGAUCCCCAGCAACACCCUGCCCAGCAUGUCCACCUUCGUCACGUUGGGCAAGACCAACUUCCGCGUCAUCAGCGAUCGCGAACACGCACCACUCAUCGCCUACGACACGACGUCCUGGGACCCACGGCGCUGUACCAUCCAGCCACCGCAGCUGCCUGCUGGUGCCACCCCCAGUCCCACCCACGAGACCAGAGCCAGUGUCAUCAUGAAGACCCCUGACGCUUCUGCCUCCAGCGUGAAGACCUGCUGAUGCAGGCUGCGCUCCCAAUAGCGCGAGUAUAGUGUCAGGCGGCACGACAAACUGACAUGGCCAUCGCUCUCGCUUCUCCCUCUGAAGAUGUAAACGUCUCACCUCUGCCGUCGCCAGCUCCUUCACCACGUAUGCCUCUCACCGCCUCCCUUGCGGCCGGCCGUGUCCCUCCCAUGCCUGCCUAUGGGGAUGACAUGCUCACUUGAAGAGACACAGGACACCUUUCUCCACUUCACUUAUGAGGGUCUCUUCAAUUCCCGCCCCUGCCCCUUCAAAAGUCCAGCCUUCCACGGUCUAGCACAAGUAGGCCCACAUCACAGAGACAGACACCCAAGCCACCAUAGGGAACUGAGGAGCAGGUCAGGUCGUGGCCACACCACAGAAGGGAUAAGAGGCUUGGGGUGACAGACCAAGUGAGGGCAGUGGCAGGGAAAGGUGGGGCUGAGUCAAGUAGGCUAGGCCCAGUCUGGACCACAGUGUUGAUGAGAAAAGAGAGCUAGGCAGCGGGUGGGCCAUAGAGGCUGGAGCAGCAUUAGGCGUGGUAGGGGGCGAGGCACAGGGCUCAAGGUGAAGGUGGGCAGGAAUGGAGCGUGACACGGCAGGCAGGCCCAGCACAGGGUAGACCCGAUGGGGAUGGACAUCUUGGAGUUUCACGGUGUGAGCCGGAUUGGAUGAGCCACAGCACCCCACGAAGCGCAGGCCGGCCGCGCUCACCUCUCUCUCCGCAUCGUUGACCUCUGACCCCACAUGCACGCUUCAGACGAUUUGCCAAAAAAAAAAAGCAGACUUUUCCUUGAGCUUUUUAUAUUUCUUUUUAAAUAAAGGGAAUAUUUUAUCAAAGGUGGACUACAGGUAAAUAUUUUAUCUUUUUUACCAAAAGUAAUUUUAUUCAUUUGAUUCUCCAUUUUCAUGUCCUGCACUAACGCUCCUUGUCUCUAUGUGCACACUUUCCUGCUUCUGCCCGAAUGUGUGUGUGUUUGUGUACCUGUGCACAUGAACUACUAUUAAUCCUGUGGAUCUAUAAAAAAAAAUAUGCAAACCUCAAA